AUGAACCCUAAAAAUCAGGACAUGUCUGCCGCCGCCGCUUUCACCACCAACCAGCCCCCGCCACCAAACAAUGAUCCUUCACAGCCACCGUCGUCGUUAACCACAUUACCAAAUGACCUGGUGUUAAACAUCCUGGCCCGAGUCACCAGAUACCAUCAUCCAAUUCUGUCUCGCGUCUCCAAGAAAUUCCGGUCCCUGGUACGUUCCUCCGAGCUUCGCAUGACUCGAUCUCUCCAGGGAAAUGAGGAUUCCUUUUACGUCUGCCUUAGAGACUUUAAUUCUCCUUCCUUGACCUAUCAUUUGUUCACUCUCCAUCAGAAUCGUUUAGUCUUGAUCCAUUUCCCUCCUCCGCGUGAGCAACACUCCACUGCUAUCAUGAUUGGUCACGAGAUCUACCUCGUCGGCGGUCAUAUCCAUCGCACUCCAUGCAAGAGCAUGUCGAUCAUCGAUUCCCGGUCUGGAGAGUUGCGUCAGGGUCCAAGUAUGCGUGUGGCCCGACGCCAUGCAGCUGUGGGACUUGUUGACGAGAAGAUUUACGUCUUUGGAGGAGGCCAGCAUGAUGAACACAAUUGCAACAUGCAAGCGGAAGUGUUUGACACAAAGAAGCAAACUUGGGAUGUUGCACCAAAUCCGGAAGUAGAUUUUAAACACAUAUCGAUGUCGGUGGUAAGCCGGUCACUAGACCGAAAGAUUUAUGCGAAGAAUAAUACACAUGUCGUGGUUUAUGAUCCGAGAAAUGGUAAAUGUGAGAAGAUUGAUUUACCAAAUGGGGGUCUUUAUUGCAGUAAAAGUAUGUGUGAGGUAGAGAAUGUGAUCUACAUUUAUUGCUAUUAUUUUGGGUUAAUGUGGUAUGACUCUAAGAAUCUGGAAUGGAGAGCAGUUAAAGGUUUGAAGCUCCUAGGAUAUUGUUUAUGCAGAACCACAAUGGUUGAAUACAACGGAAAGUUAGCUAUUUUACGGGAACUUGAACACAUGGGGAAGACGGAUAUUUGGUGUUCAAUGAUUGCUUUGGAAUGGGGAUGGAGUGCGUUGGAGAUUGUAGGGAAGAUUGAGUGGUCUCAUCCCAUACUUUCUGUUCCUCCAGGCUACCAGAUUGUGCAUUGUUUGGGUCGUCCAUAUUAUUAA